AUGGCAGCACUGGGUGCUGGAGGCGAGUCCUCGUUCCCAUCCAAGAUCCCUUUUUGGCGUCUGAUCUUUGACCAAAAGGUCAUCACACAGGAUGUCGCACAACAUCCAUACCCCGGCUCAGGCACUGAGGAAGAUCCAUAUGCGGUGACAUGGAUCCCAAAUGACCCUCGCAAUCCCAUGAACUUUCGCAACACCACGAAAUGGGCCAUCACAAUUCUGGUCUCAUUCAUCACAUUAGCUGUAGCGCUGGUAUCCUCUGCAUACUCGGGUGGAAUGCGCCAGAUUAUCGCUCAGUUCGGUGUCGAAGAAGAGAUCGUCAUCCUGGGAGUCUCUCUUUUCGUCCUUGGUUUCGCUAUUGGACCCCUGAUUUGGGCGCCGCUCAGUGAAAUCUUCGGCCGUCGUCAUAUCUUCACUUUCAGUUACAUGUUUUUGACAGCAUUCAAUGCAGGUGCUGCUGGCUCGCAAAACAUUCAAACUCUUAUCAUUCUUCGAUUCCUCGCAGGCUGUUUUGGAUCUUCGCCUUUUGGCAAUGCAGGUGGCACCAUUGCCGAUAUGUUCCCUGCUUCUCAGCGUGGUAUUGCAGUGAGCUUAUUCGCUGCGGCGCCUUUCCUGGGCCCUACUAUUGGCCCUAUUAUUGGAGGAUUCCUUGCCACCGGAGCUGGGUGGCGCUGGGUGGAAGGCUUCCUCGCUGCAUUCUCAGGUGUUCUUUGGCUAUGCGUGAUCUUCUUGCUGCCAGAGACCUAUGCCCCGGUUUUGCUGCGUCGACGAGCGGCCAAGCUGUCUGAGUUGACCGGAAAGGUCUACCGCAGUAAGCUUGAUAUCGAGCGCGGCCCUGCUCCUAUGAGCAGGACUUUGAAGACGGCCCUUUCGCGACCCUGGAUCUUGCUAUUUCGCGAGCCUAUCGUCUUGCUGUUCUCCAUCUAUAUGUCGAUUAUCUAUGGAACCCUCUACAUGCUUUUCGCGGCCUAUCCCAUCGUCUUCCAAGAGGUUCGUGGAUGGAGUGAGGGUGUGGGUGGUCUUGCGUUCUUGGGUAUCUUGGUCGGCAUGGUUCUCGCUGUGAUUUACACCUUCCCAGAGAACAUGCGCUACGCAAAGAAGUGCAGCGAGACCACCGAUCGUCUUGCUCCGGAGCUUCGACUGCCUCCGAGUAUGGUUGGAGGUAUUGCCCUGCCCAUCGGCCUCUUCUGGUUUGCUUGGACAAACUCCCCGAGCAUCCAUUGGAUGGCAUCGGUUGCUGCUGGUGCCCCAUUCGGAUUCGGCAUGGUUCUCAUCUUCCUGAGUGUUUUCAACUAUCUCAUUGAUUCAUACACCAUCUAUGCUGCCUCGGUAUUGGCAGCCAACUCUGCACUCCGCUCCCUGUUUGGCAUGGCAUUCCCUCUUUUCACGACAUACAUGUAUGAAAACCUAGGCAUUCACUGGGCGUCUUCUAUCCCGGCCUUCCUAUCGGCUCUCUGUGUGCCAUUGCCGUUCAUCUUCUACAAGUACGGCGCUCAGAUUCGCCAACGUUGCACCUAUGCGGCUGAGGCUGACGCGUUUAUGCGCCGACUCGCUGAAAAGAACCAGGCCGAGAUUCGGAGAGAAGAGGUGGAGGAGAAGACCGAAAUUGAGGACGAGGUAGAUGAUACCAGCGACAGCGAGGUCUUAUCAACUGUCCCUUCGCGGGGAACUAUUGCACGCUUUGCCUCAAAAGCAUCUCGUCAAUCAGAAAAGUCGAUGCAUCGCGUCGCUACUGCGACUCAGUACGAGGAAAACCCAUAUGACCUGGAUUUGGUUAAUACUCGCCAGUCUGCCAUCAGUCGGAAGGAAUGA